AUGGAGACCGUGGCUGCCACCACGGGUAAAGGAGACCCCAACAAGCCAAGGGGCAAAACGUCCUCGCACGCCUUCUUCAUGCAGACCUGCUGGGAAGAGCACAAGAAACACCCGGACUCCUCCGUCAACUUCGCCGAAUUCUCCAAGAAAUGCUCGGAUACAUGGAAAACCACAUCUGCAAAGGAAAAGCUGAAGUUUGAAGAUAUGGCAAAAAGUGACAAAGCUCACUAUGACAGGGAGAUGAAAAACUCCGUUCCUACCAAAGGUGAUAAGAAAGGAAAGAAGAAAGAUCCCAACGCUCUUAAGAGACCACCAUCUGCCUUCCUGUUUUGCUCUGAACAUCACCCAAAGAUCAAAAGUGAACACCCAGGCCUGUCCAUUGGGGAUACUGCAAAAAACCUGGGUGAAAUGUGGUCUGAGCCGUCAGCCAAAGAUAAACAGCCAUAUGAACAGAAAGCAGCUAAGCUAAAGGAGAAAUAUGGAAAGGAUAUUGCUGCAUACCGUGCUAAGGGCAAAAGUGAAGCAGGAAAGAAGGGUCCUGGCAGACCAACAGACUCAAAGAAGAAGAGUGAACCAGAAGCUGAAGAGGAAGAAGAGGAGGAUGAAGAUGAUGAGGAAGAGGAGGAGGAUGAAGAAUAA